GGCCGGGAGAGGCGGCCAUGGCCAAGAGCCGCAAGGAGCGGAACAGCUGGGGUGGAUUUUCAGAGAAGACGUACGAGUGGAGCUCUGAGGAGGAAGAGUCGGACGGGAAGGCCCGCCCCGUGCAGGUGCUCAUUGUGAAGGAUGACCACUCCUUUGAGCUGGACGAAGCCGCCCUCAACCGCAUCUUGCUCUCCGAAGCCGUCCGUGACCGGGAGGUGGUUGCCGUCUCUGUGGCUGGGGCGUUUCGAAAGGGGAAGUCGUUCCUGAUGGACUUCAUGCUAAGAUACAUGUACAACAUGGAUCUGGUGGACUGGGUCGGGGACUACAACGAGCCGCUGACUGGCUUUUCCUGGAGAGGAGGCUCGGAGCGCGAGACGACGGGCAUUCAGAUCUGGAGCGAAGUCUUUCUUGUGGACAAGCCGGAUGGGAACAAGGUGGCUGUGCUGCUCAUGGACACGCAGGGGACCUUCGACAGCCAGUCCACCCUACGGGAUUCGGCCACCGUCUUUGCACUCAGCACCAUGAUCAGCUCCAUCCAGGUGUACAAUUUGUCACAGAAUGUACAGGAAGAUGACCUCCAGCACCUGCAGCUCUUCACAGAAUAUGGCAGGCUGGCCAUGGAGGAGACAUUCCUGAAGCCCUUUCAGUCGCUCAUCUUCCUUGUCCGUGACUGGAGCUUCCCUUACGAAUUUUCUUACGGGGCUGAAGGAGGAUCCAAGUUUUUGGAAAAGCGUCUCAAGGUCUCAGGGAACCAGCACGAAGAGCUUCAGAAUGUCCGGAAGCACAUCCAUUCCUGCUUCACCAACAUCUCCUGCUUUCUCUUACCUCACCCGGGCUUGAAAGUAGCCACCAAUCCAAACUUCGACGGGAAGCUCAAAGAAAUUGACGACGAUUUCAUCAAGAACUUGAAAGUCCUGAUUCCGUGGCUUCUCAGCCCCAAGAGCUUGGACGUCAAGGAGAUCAACGGGAAUAAUAUCACCUGCCGAGGCCUUGUGGAGUAUUUCAAGGCCUACAUUAAGAUCUACCAAGGAGAAGAGCUCCCUCAUCCCAAAUCGAUGUUGCAGGCCACGGCAGAAGCGAACAACCUAGCAGCUGUGGCCACGGCUAAAGAUACCUACAAUAAGAGAAUGGAAGAGGUGUGCGGAGGCGACAAGCCCUUCCUGGCGCCCAGUGACCUCCAGAGCAAGCACCUGGAGCUCAAGGAAGAGGCGGUGCGGCUGUUCCGCAGCGUGAAAAAGAUGGGGGGCGAGGAAUUCAGCCGCCGCUACCUGCAGCAGCUGGAGGCGGAAAUCGACGAGCUCUACGUCCAGUACAUCAAGCACAACGACAGCAAGAACAUCUUCCACGCUGCCCGCACGCCGGCCACCCUCUUCGUGGUCAUCUUCAUCACCUACGUGGUGGCCGGCGUCACCGGCUUCGUCGGCUUGGACAUCAUCGCCAGCCUGUGCAACAUGAUCAUGGGCCUCACCCUCAUCACCCUCUGCACGUGGGCCUACAUCCGGUACUCCGGGGAGUACAGGGAGCUGGGGGCCGUCAUCGACCAGGUGGCCGCUGCGCUCUGGGACCAGGCUUUGUACAAACUUUACAGUGCAGCGGCCACCCACAGACACUUGUACCACCACGCUUUCCCCACGGCACAGAAGGCGGAGCCCGCCGAAGGCACAGAAAAGAAGACGAUGUAACCCCCGAUGCUUUCCACAGAGGUGCAUGAAACACACCCUUAAAACUUGUUAACCAUUUUGCAUCCAUGUACAAGCCUCUGACGCUCCUCGAAACGGAAGGCGGAGGAAGCUGAUAACCCAUUUACUUGUACCAAUGGCUUAAGUGUGGCUGCUUUAAUUUGGAUGAUGCCCCGCUUGAAGGGGCAGGGGUCAGCAUGGCGGUCAUUUUCUUUACAAUGCAGUGACUAAAUUUGGCUGCAGACACUGUACGCUUUGGUUCUCCAGACUACUUUGCCUGCUUUCAGGACUUUUAAAGACGGAGACUUGGAAGCCAGAGAAGGCCAUGGCUACUCCCACUUGGCCAGAGGGCUUCCCUGUUCUCACGGCAGGAUCCUGCCGUCCAAAAGCCAAGAGCCUGCUAGGUCCACAGCCCACCCUAUCCAUGGGCUUCUCUAGACCCAAGUCCCCAGGGUCAUUAAUACCAUUGCAGGUUUUCCAAACAGAAACACUACCUUUAUUUGAGAGGGACCAUGUCUCAUAACAGCCUCCUUUUUGCGCACAAAGGUUUUUUGAUUCAACACACUUUUCUUCAUCCAGCUGUGAAUGAUAAUGUGUUCACUUUAGAAGAUUGCCUUCGCCGAAGCUGCAAAGAAUAUUUCUUUUGCUAUGGUAUGUUAAGAGAUGGAAAGUGUUCUCUUUUUUUUUUGUACAUGUAUUUGAGAGUUUCACUGUACAUAUUUUUGUUGUGUGCAGAAGGAGUGUGCCUAGUUUUUAUUAUUUUAUUGUCAAUUAAAAGUUUGGUU